AUCACCUCCCCCAAAUCCACACGUUCCCCUCCUCACCACCGUGGGGAAAAGAUCCCUCAACUCCCCAAUGGCUCUCCUCCCCCAAAUCCUCCCCUCCCCGCGCCCCCAUCCCCACCUCGCCGCCUCCCGCUACCCUUUCUCCCCCGCCCACGCAUUCCGCACAGCGCCUCGCCUCCACGCCUCUGGCCACCGCCGCCGAGGCCGCCUCGCCGCGUCAGGGCCCGGGUCGUCGCCGUCGCCGUCGCCCGACCAGUACCCGUCCGAGCCCGACGAUGGCCUUGUGGAGCUCCCUCUGUUCCCUCUCCCACUCGUCCUCUUCCCGGACGCGACCCACGCGCUGCACAUCUUCGAGUUCCGCUACCGUAUCAUGAUGCACACCGUGCUCGACACCGACCUCCGCUUCGGCGUCGUCUUCGCCGGCUCCGACGGCGCCUCCGACGUCGGCUGCGUCGGGGAGGUCGUCAAGCACGAGCGCCUCGCUGACGACCGCUUCUUCCUCAUCUGCAAGGGCCAGGAGCGGUUCCGCGUCGCUCGCAUCGUCCGCAACAAGCCUUACCUCGUCGCCGCCGUGCAGUGGCUCGAGGACCGCCCGCCUGCGGAGACGCCGGCCCCUGGGGAGGACGCCGAGGCGCUCGCCGUCGAGGUCGAGGCGCUCAUGCGCGACGUCAUACGCAUCGCCAACCGCCUCAACGGCAAGCCCGAGAAGGAGGUCGGGGACCUGCGCCGGGGGCUCUUCCCCACCCCAUUCUCCUUCUACGUGGGCAACACCUUCGAGGGCGCGCCCAGGGAGCAGCAGGCGCUGCUCGAGCUUGAGGACACCGCCGCGCGGCUGAGACGGGAGCGGGACACGCUCCGCAACACUCUCAACUACCUUACCGCCGCGUCUGCCGUCAAGGACGUCUUCCCCUCGUCGCCGUCGUCGGGGUGAAGCCUUUCGCCUCUGUCCCAUCUCGCUCGCCGAUAAGGAGUUUGUGGAGGGUAGUGGGACUAAACCUUCUUAUUACUCUUUUUCGCCUUUUUCCUUUCCUUAUAAUUGCAAGGGUAGGCUUUAUUUCAAAGUGGUAGCAUUUUAGCGUGUAAAAUUGUACGUAUAAUUCAUGUGUAUUAACUCAAAAGAAAAAUGCGGAGCUAUGACGAUGAUCAAUGGUAAUGAUAAGCAUUUUGCUCCAUGAAA